ACAAGCGGGGACUUCUUUACUGCUCCGUUCUGAAGUCUGACCCCUCCAGGUCACCUGGCAACAACUUAAAUCGUCCCAAUAAAGCUCUCCUCCGUUCAGACACUUUCACAUAUUUUCCCUUUUGUUUUUGGAGCGACUUGGCAGGAAGUUGGAGAUGGAGCGCUUGGACCCCCCUGGUGUCUCCUUGGGGGUCAAACAUUCAAAGUCUUGGUGGGAUGACUCAUCUACUUUGCUCAGGUGAGCUCACCUGCAACAGCCUACAAUUACACCGUGACACCCCCCCACCCUCCUGAUGGAUGACGCCUGCAGACUUGACUUGUCGGCUCUCAAGUAAGAAAAUGAGCGGCUUCAGGCGGCGAGUCUUGGCGGUGAUGCUGCAGCUCGUUACCAUCUCACUGGCUCGUCAUCCGCUGAGUGAGUCUGACGACCACGUGGCAGCGCCACUUCCUUCGGGUGGAGCCCAGCCGGGGCUGUGCGGCUACGGGCACACCGCUUCUUGUUGUCCGGGAUGGAGGAAUGUGAGCGGACUUUGUCAGCCACUUUGCAGGCAGUCUUGUGUGAAAGGACAAUGUGUGGGACCUGACAGGUGUUUAUGCCACGCGGGCUACCAAGGGCCACGUUGUGACCAAGAUGCGAACGAGUGCGGUUUGUCGGCGCGACCGUGCUCCCAGCGCUGCAUGAACACGCACGGUAGCUAUCGCUGUUUCUGUGAGCCUGGACACGCGCUGGGUGUGGACGGACACGACUGCACCGGACACGUCACAUGUGCCUCUCUGCGAUGCCAGUUUGGUUGCCACAUGGAUGGAGGACGAGGAAUGGUGCACUGCCUGUGUCCCCACGGUCUACACCUGGCCCCGGACAACAGAACCUGUGAAGACGUGGACGAGUGCCGGCGUCACGCCAGCGUGUGCCCACCUCGCCGGACGUGCAGGAACACAUUCGGCAGCUUUGUGUGCGUGUGCCAGGACGGCUCGGUGCUGGGCACGCUGCAGGGCUCGGUGCAAUGCAGAGACAAGGACGAGUGCGUGACUGGUGCCCACGGGUGCAGCCGCCACGCUCGCUGCAUCAACACAGAUGGUUCGUACACCUGUCAGUGUCUGAAGGCCUACGCGGGAAACGGCCGCACCUGCUGGGCCAGGAGAGCUUCCCAGUCUCCUAAGCCAGCAAAGUACUUCAAUUACAAACUAUCCAAAAGAACGGGGACUAGGAGACCCUCUAUACCAGAGGUGGGCAAUUAA